CUAACCCAACCUCAUCGCUCGCUCGCACACACGCGGCGGACACCCCACGGACACCAGCCAGCGAGAGUCCCACCAAAGCCGCGCCGCGUGCCAUGGUGUACGACGCGGGCGCCGGCAGCUCGCCGGCGGCGGAACCAGCGGCGCCGGCGGGGAGCCCGCUGCGCGUGAUCCUGACGCGGGGCUUCGCGCGGCAGGUGCUGGCGGGGCGGUGGUUCACGGUGUUCGCGAGCCUGCUCAUCAUGGCGGCCUCCGGCGCGACCUACAUCUUCGCCGCCUACUCCGGCGCGCUCAAGUCGGCGCUCGGGUACGACCAGCGCGCGCUCAACACCGUCUCCUUCGCCAAGGACCUGGGCGCCAACCUGGGCGUCCUCCCGGGGCUCCUCAACGAGGUCACCCCGCCCUGGGCCGUGCUCGCCGCGGGCGCCGCCAUGAACCUCGCCGGCUACCUCAUGGUCUACCUGGCCGUCUCCGGCCGCACCGCGCGCCCGCCGCUCUGGCUCCUCUGCCUCUACUUCUUCGCGGGGGCCAACUCGCAGGCGUUCGCCAACACCGGCGCGCUCGUCACCUGCGUCAAGAACUUCCCGGAGAGCCGCGGCGUGGUGAUCGGGAUCCUCAAGGGCUUCGUCGGCCUCAGCGGCGCCGUGUACACGCAGCUCUACCUCGCCUUCUACGGCGGCGAGGACCCCGAGUCGCUGAUCCUGCUCAUCGCGUGGCUGCCCGCGGCCGUGUCCGUCGUGUUCGUGCACACCGUCCGGUACAUGCCGUACCCGCGCCGCCGCGGCGGGAAGGAGACCAGCACCAACCCCUUCUUCUGCUUCCUCUACCUCUCCAUCGCGCUCGCCUGCUUCCUCCUCGUCAUGAUCGUCGUGCAGAGGCAGGUGCCCUUCUCGCGGGGCGCCUACGGCGUCGCCGCCGCGCCGCUGCUCAUCCUCCUCCUCAUGCCCCUCUGCGUCGUCAUCAAGCAGGAGUACAAGAUCCACCGCGAGAGGCAGCUCGACGACGCCCUCCGCGCCGCCGGCCCGCCGCCCACCAUCACCGUCGUCGACGCCGCCGCAUCCAACCACGUCCAGAUGUCAACGGACACCAAGAAAGCAGAGCAGCAGCCGGUGGCGCCGCCGCCCACGUCGAGGUCGACCCCAUCCUCGUCGCCGUCUUCCUGCUCGGGGAGGCUCGGCGGGUGCGUGAGGACCAUGUUCCGGCCGCCGGCGCGCGGCGAGGACCACUCGAUCCUGCAGGCGCUGGUUAGCGUGGACAUGCUGGUCCUCUUCGUGUCCGCCAUCUGCGGCGUGGGCGGGACGCUGACGGCGAUCGACAACAUGGGCCAGAUCGGGCAGUCCCUGGGUUACCCGUCCCGGAGCACCAACACCUUCGUCUCCCUCAUCAGCAUCUGGAACUACGCCGGCCGCGUGACGGCCGGCUACGCCUCGGAGGCGGUCCUGUCCCGGCACCGCGUGCCCCGGCCGCUCCUCCUCACCCUCGUCCUCCUCCUCGCCUGCGCGGGGCACCUCCUCAUCGCCUUCGGCGUGCCGCGGUCCCUCUACGCCGCCUCCGUCGUCGUCGGGUUCUGCUUCGGCGCGCAGUGGCCGCUGGUGUUCGCCGUCAUCUCGGAGCUGUUCGGGCUGAAGCGCUACUCGACGCUGCACAACUUCGGCGGCAUGGCGAGCCCCGUGGGGGCCUACCUGCUCAACGUGCGCGUGGCCGGGCGGCUCUACGACGCCGAGGCUGCGCGGCAGCGGGGAGGCGGGGCGUGCCUGGGCGUGGAGUGCUUCCGGCGGUCGUUCCUGAUCAUCGCGGCGGCGACGGCGCUCGGCGCGGCGGUGUCGCUGGUGCUGGUGUGGCGGACGUGGGGGUUCUACAGGGGCGACAUCUACGCGAGGUUCCGGGAUGGCGAGGGCGCCGCCGCCGGCGACUCCCUGCCGGUGGGGCAGCCGCGGCGGCCGGGAGCGGAAGGGGAGGAGGCGGCGGCAGCUGUCAGCGGCGGGAAAGGGUGAGGAGUGAGUAGGUACUAGGUAGGGGAGCAGCGGGAUGCCAGCUCGGAUGUUUGACUAGUCAAGGAUGACGAUGACGUGGCUGCAUGCUCCCACUGGCGGGGUUUGACUGUUUGACUCCCUGGCCUCUGUUCCCCACGGCGACGGCUGCUACCGCAGUGGGCAGUGCCGUAUGCCGUGGGAGCUGGUAGUACGACGGCCGGAGCGAGCAUUGAUAGGUGGGGCCGACAGGUGGGCCAGUGCCCAGUGGAGACUUUUAACCACGUCAAGUCCGCCGAUCGUAAGGAUGACAAGUGGACCCUGCAUGUAGAUACAUAUAUAGUAUAUUUAAGAUGUCCGCAAUGAUAACAGUUAGUAGUCUGGUGUGGAAGUAAGAAUAAAAAACUAUUUUAUAUUAUUGAAUUGGCCU